AUGCCUGUCACUCCCAAGGUUGUCGGGGUGAUGGAGAGGGCAGGUAUCGCAGCCUGCAUCUGGACCUCUUGUUCCGAACACAAACUCGACAUCAAUAAAGACCAGGUUUGCCUCGCCGUCAACAUCGGGAUGGAGCCUGUGCAGUAUUCUCUCGAGAAGGUGCAGGGGUCCUAUGCCAAAUCCAGAAAUCGGUAUUUCAAGCGCAAACUUCGUGCCAAGUCAGUAACAAGAGGUGCCGUCUAUGACCACGCCACCAGACGAAGGAGGAGGUUGUGUGGCAGAGAUGUGACUGGGGAGCUGAGAGCCCAGAUCUUCAUUCUGGCCAGUCGGAUGUGA